AUGGACGUGGAGAUAAUGGAAUCACAGAGCGAGAAGAAAGCCGUAAAUGACCCAAACAAGCCGGACAAGGAGGCUGAGGACAGGGGCAGCACGAGUUCCGGCCCCUACGAGCUGCCCUGGGUGGAGAAGUACAGGCCGCUUAAACUAAACGAGAUCGUGGGAAACGAGGACACUGUGAGCCGCCUGGAGGUGUUCGCCCGGGAAGGAAACGUUCCUAACAUCAUCAUAGCGGGUCCCCCCGGAACCGGAAAGACCACCAGCAUCCUAUGUUUGGCCCGAGCGCUGCUUGGCGCCUCCAUGAAGGACGCCGUGUUGGAGCUCAACGCCUCUAACGACAGGGGGAUUGACGUAGUGAGGAACAAGAUCAAGAUGUUUGCCCAGCAGAAGGUAACAUUGCCAAAGGGACGACACAAGAUCAUUAUCCUGGAUGAAGCUGACAGUAUGACCGACGGAGCUCAGCAGGCAUUGAGGAGGAUCAUGGAGAUCUACUCUAAGACGACGCGCUUCGCCCUGGCCUGCAAUGCCUCUGACAAAAUCAUCGAACCUAUCCAGUCGCGCUGUGCUGUUCUCCGCUACUCCAAACUGACUGACGGGCAAAUCCUUGCGCGGCUGCAGGACGUGGUAGAGAAGGAGCGGCUGUCCGUGUCCGACGACGGCUUGGAGGCCAUCAUCUUCACUGCACAGGGGGAUAUGCGGCAGGCUCUUAACAACCUGCAGUCCACCCACUCUGGCUUCGGCUACAUCAACAGCGAGAACGUCUUCAAGGUGUGCGAUGAGCCGCAUCCCCUGCUGGUGAAAGGCAUGCUGGGACACUGCGUGGAUGGAAAUGUAGAUGAAGCAUACAAGGUGGUGGAGCAGCUGUGGGCGCUGGGCUACUCGCCAGAAGACAUCAUCGGAAACAUCUUCAGAGUGUGCAAGACCUACCAGAUGGCCGAGUACCUCAAAUUGGAGUUCAUCAAAGAGAUAGGAUACACACACAUGCGGAUUGUGGAGGGUGUUAACUCGCUGCUGCAGCUGGCCGGAUUGGUGGCACGUCUAUGCAAUAAGACAACACCCCCUGAUGCCUCCUAG